AUGCCAAAACGAAAACUUUCACAACAAACGCAUCCACAAGAAGAAAAUGCAGAGACCCAAACAGCAUCAACCACAAAUUCUCAAAAACAAGACAAAAAGAAGGUUAAAACAAAUCCGAAAAAACAAGAAUCAAGUGAUGAUGAAACAAAUAAUCAUUCACAAACAACAACAGUCGAUUCCUUUGCAUUUGCUUUAACUUCCGACUCAUCGGAUCAACAAUCUCUGACCUCAUCAUCUUCAAAAUCAAAUUUUCUGGCAUCCAAUCUCUUUCAACCAACAAGUUCAAAUACCAACAAUACCUCCGUAGGCACUAGUGGAUUUUUCAAACUUUCUGAAACGUUUAAAGAUUCCGAUGAGGAAGAAGACAUUGAAGAAUUAGAAGAGACACCCAUGAUGACGGAACGAGACAAUGCUGAAGAAACUGCAAAAUUGAUGAAAGACAAGUCUGCUCUUCAAUCCCUUCGUUUCGUAAAAGAUCCAUCAACGCUACCUUCCGAAGAUUUUAAUCCUUUUGCUAAAUAUUCGAAAAAACAUUCCUUUUUAUUUCCUCUCUUACCCUUACAAACAGCUCAAAUCAUUGUUGAGAAGGAAACACAAAAAUUAAAUCGUCACACGGAGAACAAUGAAUCGUACCAACAAAUGUUGCAAGAUCUCUCCGUGCAUGCCACCAUUCAGAAUAACUUUAGAGACUUUGGUAUGUAUGGACAGAACUUUUUCAGAAAGAACAACACCGAGGCCAUCAAGAAGAUUGCUCACGAAAAGAUUUCUAUCACUCGGGCCAAUAAGCUCAGAAUGCUCAUUCAAUCGAUUGAACGAAGACAUAAGAGACCAACUCAGUCAAAGAAGCAAUAA